UUCAACCAAUCGUGGAACGAUGAGGCAACGUAACUGUUGAAGUUUAGCAUAACUUGUUUUGUUUUGGGUGUUAGUCAACCUUCAAGCAGACGUUUUGUUCAACAAUGUGACAACUUAGCAGCAUUUUGGAAGUGAAUAGAAAUCGAAUUGUAGUGUUUUACAGCAAUGGGGUUGUUUGAGUACACCGUUGGACAAGAAGGUUUAGCGACUGAGGUUACAGUGGCAAAGGAGAAGUUGGUGUGCAUGGGCUUGGACAACCAGAGCUAUACUUGUGAAUCUGGUCACUGCUGUGGAGAAACACAUUGCUGCAGUUACUACUAUGAACUGUGGUGGUUCUGGUUGGUGUGGACUCUGAUUGGCAUCCUGACAUGCUGUUGUUUGUGUCAGCACUGGCGUUCCAAACAACGCUUCCAGCAGCAGCGUCGGCAGAACGAGAUUAACCUCAUUGCCUACAGAGAAGCUCACAACAACUCUCAGCUUCCCCUCUAUCUCAGAUUCUUACCGUCCUACCUGUUGCCGGCCUAUGACGAAGUUGUCGACUGUCCAGCUACUCCCCCUCCUCCUUACACACCUGUCGUGGCAACACCUUCACCCACAGACACACUUGAUGAAUCUUGUCACAAUGCAGCGAUAUCGAUCCCGAGUAAUGCAGCUUGCACAGGCACACCAGAAAUCCUGCAGCCCCACGGUCAAAGCGCCAACAGCAACAAGGAUUCAAUGCAGGGCAGGUACCGGCACUUCACAGGGGACUCUGGGAUUGAAGUGUUUGAUGGCCAUGAACUGUGGGAUCAACAUGGUUUUUUACUGAGAGAAGAGGCGGGUGAUGAUGGAGCGGGACAAAUGGAGGAAAACUGUGUUUGCUGUGGUUCCCAAGGAUGUGACCACAGCAACAUGAAUAAUGGCUGGAGCAUUGAAAACACAGAUGGACACACAACGGUGAAUACAAACCCACCGUUUGAUUGGUGAAAACUAUAAAGUUCUCGCAACUGUGCAGCAGGGAUGCUUUAGGGAUUUGUUCUAUGUCCAUGUUAAAUGGCACAGGUUGGAAUAAUACUACUGUUUGUGACUAGGCUGGAAUUAAAUGAAGGCUUUUUGCAUUUUA